GCAGCGCAGUGCUCAGGGCCCGGCAGAGCGGUGGUGCGACAGCAGCGAGGCGGCUUUGGGGAGCUGCUCCUGAGGAUGCGGGGGCUGCCUGCUGCCCUCCCUGCCCUGCCUCUGGAGCUUACUGUCCUCUACAACUUCCUGCUUUUUACUACGGGAACAUCUGAGUCUGCUAUCGAAGGAGAAGCAGAAGGAAUAUGCCAGGGGCUCCUCAGGGUUCUGGAGGCUUGUGGGGCCUAGCAGGAUCUUAGCACUGAGGAGUUCUGGCAGAAGGUGAUGCAGGAGUUAACUGUGGAGGAGCUGCAGGCACCUUUGCACUGACUGGGGGGCCUGCAAGGAGCGUGGUGGCUGGCAGCCAGCCGCCUGGGAAGCAUCGCUGGCCUCUUCAGGCUCCUGAACAACGCUGAGGACCCAGGGAGAGCUUGCUGCGGCAGUGGGGAGAAUGAACUCCUCUCCCUGCUCAAGGCAUGGCGAGUGCCUGCCAAGGGGGCCUCCAUGCCCCUUGUACAGAGCGCCGAGGACUUGAAGGAGAUCCUGUGCAUUGCAGCAGCCUUCCUGCAAGGUUCUGGGGAAAAAAACCCUCCAGCAGCUGCUUCCUCUAGUCCAUAUUUCCUAACAGAGCUCCUUGUCCACACACCAAUACUAGCUUCUCUCCUUUGCCAUUGCCACCCCUCUGAAGUGAAGUACCUGCUGGCACAGCGGUGUCUCCAGGACGGGAGGUAACAGCGCCUCUGGUCUGCUUGCAACAUGCUGCUUGUUUGGGAUCUGUGGUUUUCUCUCACUGCUAUAGCUCUUGCUCCCCAGGUGCCUCUAGAUGGUGGCUCAGCUCUGCCCAGGAUCCCCGAGGUGUUCCUGGAAGCAGUGUCCACCUUGGAGCAGGCCAGGAGGCACCAGGAUGCCAUAACCGUGUAUGAGGUCAUCAGCCAGAUGACUGACCUGAUCCCACGGAUGUUACGAGUGGAGGAGAAGCUGGAGCAGCCAGAAUGCCCAUCGCCCAGGGCAGGGCUGACAGGUGGACUCCUGUCCCAGAAGGAGAGUCUGUGCUGCCUCAUGUGGAGAGCAGCUGGAUACCUGCACCAGGGCUAGGCAUGGGCCAAGCUGGGUGAGAGCAAGGAGGCCAUAGUGCAAUUCAGCAGGUUUCUUGGCGAUCUCUUGCAAGUCCAGCUUUAUGGGUCUGGCAUUGAACCGACAG